GCAGAUUUCUCACAUUGUUUGACUGUUUUUCUUUUAACAACAGCGAUUCCUUGCUCAAACAGAGUUUGUACGUUAAACAGAACCUUUUCCGGCUCCUUUAAAUUAGUUAAAAGAUGUCUGCUCAAGAAAUUUCUCAUCCUCUCAUCAAGGACGGAUGGUUCCGCGAAAUUAACCACAUGUGGCCUGGACAAGCUAUGAGCUUACAGGUCAAAAAGGUUCUUUAUGCUGGCAAGUCCAAGUUCCAAGAUGUCUUGGUUUUUGAAAGCGAAACUUAUGGUCGUGUAUUGGUUUUAGACGGUGCUAUUCAAUGCACAGAGCGUGAUGAAUUUUCUUACCAAGAAAUGAUUGCUCAUAUCGCUCUCAAUUCCCACCCCAAUCCUAAGAAAGUUCUUGUCAUCGGUGGUGGUGACGGUGGUGUCCUUCGUGAAGUUGUUAAGCAUGAUUGCGUGGAAGAGGCAGUUUUGUGUGACAUUGAUGAGGACGUCCUCAAGGUUUCUAAACAAUAUCUCCCUGAAAUGGCUGAGGGUCUCAGUCAUCCUAAGGUCAAGGUCCACAUUGGUGAUGGUUUCCAGUUCUUGAAGGACUACAAGAACACCUUUGAUGCCAUCGUCACCGACUCUUCUGAUCCUGAUGGUCCUGCCGAAGCUCUCUUCCAGAAACCUUACUUCGAACUUCUUGCUGAUGCUCUCCGUGAAGGCGGUGUUAUCACUACCCAGGCUGAGUGCAUCUGGCUUCACCUUGGCGUUAUUGGCGAUGUCUUAAAGUCCGUCAAAACUGCUUUCCCCAACGUCCGUUAUGCCUACACUACCAUCCCUACUUAUCCCUCUGGUCAAAUUGGCUUUGUUGUUGCUUCCAAGAAUGCCUCUACUGACUUGAGCAAACCUGUACGCAAAUGGACCCCUGAGCAAGAAAAGAAACUCUGCAAGUAUUACAACAGCGAUAUCCAUUCUGCUUCUUUCGUCCUUCCUAACUUUGCUCGUGAGGUUGUUGAAAAAUCUCUUUCUGCUUAAGAUAAGUCUCGUAUACAAUUUUGUCAGGUGCUUCUUUUUUACUAUUCCUCCCUUAGUGUAUGUUCUAUAGCUUUAUUUUGUGUUUGUCUCUUUUACAUCUUUGUAAGUGUCUUUCGCGUUUUCUUUGUGCAAUCC